UCAAUUAGUGGCAUGAAUGUGAAUUCAACAACAAAAAGAAUAUUUGGAAAAACAAGAUUGAGUAGCAGCCUUGAUAAAUUGGAAGCCAGGUUGAGCAGAGUUCGGGCUUCCAUAAGAAGAGAAGCUGCUCUUGUUAAGAACAUCAAUAUUUCGACAUCCAAUUCCUCCACUCUGAAUUAUCAUUUAGAUGAUGUUCACCAUGUUCCUCGAGGUCGGGCAUACAGGAACCCAAAUGUUUUCCACAGGAGUUACUUGGAGAUGGAGAAGCGGAUGAAGAUAUAUGUAUAUGAAGAAGGAGACGUUCCAAUAUUCCAUGGGGGACCAUCAAGAAGCAUAUAUGGAACAGAAGGGAGAUUUAUUUAUGAGAUGGAAAAGGGAACAUUGUUUCGCACAACUGACCCAAACAGGGCUAUUGUUUAUUUCAUGCCUUUCAGUGUGGUGAGAAUGGUUCGUUAUAUUUCCCGCAACCACAAAGCCAUGGGACGUGUAAUCAAAGACUACAUCAACCUCAUCUCCCGUACAUAUCCCUUCUGGAAUCGAACUCUUGGUCCCGACCAUUUUAUGCUCUCCUGCCAUGAUUUGGGGCCAAUAGCAUCAUCUUUUGAGCCUCAUUUAUUCCAAAACUCCAUCAGAGUUUUGUGCAAUGCAAACACUUCAGAAGGGUUUAAGCCUUAUAAAGAUGCAUCUUUCCCAGAAAUCAAUUUGCGGACAGGGCAGCUCAUGGGGGUUGGAGGGCUCUCUCCUUCGUCUCGGUCCAUUCUCGCAUUCUUUGCAGGCGGUCUGCAUGGCCACAUCAGGUACUUGCUUCUAAACCAAUGGAAAAACAAGGACCCCGACAUCCAAGUCCACGAACAAUUUCCAAAAGGAGUGUCCUACCAAGACAUGAUGAGAAAGAGCAAGUUCUGCCUCUGUCCCAGCGGCUAUGAAGUGGCCAGCCCACGAGUGGCGGAGGCUAUAUAUGCUGAAUGCGUGCCAGUGUUGAUCUCCGAUGGUUACAUCCCGCCCUUCAGCGAUGUAUUAGAUUGGAGUUCGUUUUCUGUGGAGAUUAAGGUGAAAGACAUACCAAAGAUUAAGGAGAUAUUGAUGGGGAUUUCAACGCAGCAAUACUUGAGAAUGCAAAAGAGAGUGAAGCAGGUGCAGAGGCAUUUUGUGGUAAAUGCACCUCCUAAGAGAUAUGAUUUUUACCAUAUGAUUAUUCACUCCAUUUGGCUCCGCAGGCUAAACAUUCAAGCUCAAAAUCACAAUGAGAUUGAGAUUCAUUCCUGAGUCCUAAGCCUAGCCGUGACCAAAGUAACCCUUUCAUACAUUUGCUAUAAUAGUCUUGUGACCUGUAGCGAGCUAGCUAUAUGUACAACAUAAUACUUGAUGAGUUUUAUUCAAAAAGAAACUAUUACACUUUCCUUUUAAAACAAAAGACAAUAUUGUAGAACACUUGUACCAAAUCUGCAAAAUAUAUACAUAUCUGUGAAUAAUGUCUCUUUUAAU